AUGGAAUUUUUCAGCUUCACUUCGAAUAGACCAGGAAAACACCUCCUUGCUUUUUGGGAAGAGAACCAGACAUACAACAAGCAGUGGCUUAUCGUAGAGCAACAGUGGAAGCCCACUGCAUCUUUAUAUUGAUACCUCAGUGAAAGCCCCAAAACAGUUUGGCCAAAUCAACCAUAACAUUGCACCAAACCCCAUCACGUCUGCCAACUGUGCCCUCUGGAGAAGGAUUCUGGCUCUACCAGCUUCGCCACGUCAGGUGGCUGUCCAAAGCUGCUAACCCACAUGCUGCACCCAUUAAGGGCACUGAGCUGCGUGUGGUGGCCACUCUGUGUGGCUGGGAUGGAGGACAGGUAGAGCAACGUCCUCUUGAGCAUGGCAGCAGAGGGAUGGAUCAGGAGAACAGAUCAAUGAUGGGGAGUGAAACAGAUGAUCGGGCAAAGACAGCUGCAAGUGAACCAAUCUCUCAAGCAAAGGGACAGGAUAAGAGGCAGUGCCUCUCACCAGCCAUGAGUCACGUGCACAAGUACAGUGAAAUGUCUGCUGGAGGAAGUGGUAGGCAGGUGCUCUCUGGCCCCAGCCUGUAAUAUGUCUGCAGUGACGGGACACGCCUGCAGGGAAAGCUGUUCUCUGUGGGCUCCGGCUCACCCUAUGCCUACUCUGUGCUGGAGGAGGGGUACAGUGGGGGCUGGAGGAAGCACUCUCACUGGCCAGGGAGGCUGUGUACAGGGCCACACAUAGAGACGUAAACUCUGGGAACUGUGUGGAUGUGUACCAUGUCACCUCACAUGGAUGAACUCGCAGGGACAGAGAUGAGCUGAGAGAGCAGUAUUACAGAGAGAAGGAGAGAGAAAGAGUGAAGGUGAAGGAGAGGAGGAACAGAGAGGAGGGGGGAAAGGAUGAGGAGAUUGGUAGUUAGGGUAAUAAAGAAGGCUAGAGUGAGGAGAGAGAAGUUUAGCAGAAGAAAGAAAAUAAGAGACGUAUCUGGAGCCAAUAAUUGUAGCCUUUUAGAGUAUUACUUAAAUGAAAUGUUAGCCUACAUUAAUAUUAAUCAUUUUUAUAAACAUCAGAGGUCAUGUUUUCAUUUACCUUAAAACCCAGUGGACCAGCUUGAAAGCCUGAGACUCCCCUCUGUUCAUAAUAACUACAUUAUUCACAUUAUGUAACCUAGGAAAUAAUAUUUUAGACUUAGUGUCUUAGAUUAGCUAGAAGUACUUGAUUUACAAAUCAGUCUCAGACAACAAUGACAUAGAGUUAAGAAAAUAUUUUAUUUCUGAGAAGUCAUCAGAUUGAUAAUUUCAGAGAAUUGAUAAGUCUCUGGACUGGAAGCUUCAAUGCAAUAUGUCCUUGGACUGCAGAAAGGAAGUUGGGCCACAAGCACAACCUGGUAAUCGGAUGUCCCUGGACUGCAGAAAGGAAGUUAGGCCACAACCUGGUCCUCGGAUGUCCCUGGACUGCAGAAAGGAAGUUGGGCCACAAGCACAACCUGGUCCUCAGAUGUCCCUGGACUGCAGAAAGGAAGUUGGGCCACAAGCACAACCUGGUCCUCGGAUGUCCCUGGACUGCAGAAAAGACGUUGGGCCACAACCUGGUCCUCGGAUGUCCCUGGACUGGAGAGCAGAAGUUGGGCCACAACCUGGUCCUCGGAUGUCCCUGGACUGCAGAGCAGAAGUUGGGCCACAUUCCUCUUCAUAGUGAAAAUUGUAAAUGAAGUUCUUGGAAUGACAAGUUUCUUGUCUUUAGAAAAUUACACCUUAGCAGUAUAAUUGCCAGAGACCAACACUGCUUUAAUGUCAUUAUUAUGUCCAGACAGAUAUCUUCAGUAAUAGAAAAACUACAUGUAUUUGUCUCAACAAAUAAUAAAUAUGUAUCUUGUAGGCUAACACUGCAUGUCCAUCAUUGUGAACCAUCACAUUUUAAAGGGUUUUUCUUUAUCAUAUGUAAACAAAUGUUUACAUAAGUCCAUAGUGAACUUUUGUAAUCGAUAUUGCGAAGGCGAUAAUGAACUAUAGUGAGACCAUCUCGAGGAAAACUGACCGAAGUGCAAAACUGCAAAUCAGUGAUAUAUUUCCUUUACCGGCAAAACUCUUUUGAUAACAACGGAAGUGGUGCUAUCAUCAUUCUUAGUUCAAAGAUGGCUCUUGCUCAUGUGUUGCAAAGUGAGUCAGUAGAUUUUUCAAACUAUGGUCACCAGCGUCUGGAAACAAUAGAACACUAUGAAAAAUCUGGGAAACCAGGCCUGCUAUUCAUAGCAGACUUUGAAAAGGCAUUUGAUAAAGUACGACUGGAGUUUAUAUAUAAAUGCCUGGAGCAUUUUAAUUUUGGAGAAUCUCUAAUUAAAUGGGUUAAAAUCAUGUACAUUUACAUUUAAGUCAUUUAGCAGAUGCUCUUAUCCAGAGCGACUUACAAAUUGGUGCAUUCACCCUAUAGCCAGUGGGUUAACCACUUUACAAUAAUUUUUUUUUUUUUUUUUUUUGGGGGGGGGGGGGGGGCGGGGGGUAGAAGGAUUACUUCAUCCUAUCCCAGGUAUUCCUUAAAGAGGUUGGGUUUCAAAUGUCUCCGGAAGGUGGUGAGUGACUCCGCUGUCCUGGCGUCGUGAGGGAGCUUGUUCCACCAUUGGGGUGCCAGAGCAGCGAACAGUUUUGACUGGGCUGAGCGGGAACUAUGCUUCCGCAGAGGAAGGGGAGCCAGCAGGCCAGAGGUGGAUGAACGCAACGCCCUCGUUUGGAUGUAGGGACUGAUCCGAGCCUGAAGGUACGGAGGUGCUGUUCCCCUCACUGCUCCAUAGGCAAGCACCAUGGUCUUGUAACGGAUGCGAGCUUCAACUGGAAGCCAGUGGAGUGUGCGGAGGAGGGGGGUGACGUGAGAGAACUUGGGAAGGUUGAACACCAGAUGGGCUGCGGCAUUCUGGAUGAGUUGUAGGGGUUUAAUGGCACAGGCAGGGAGCCCAGCCAACAGCGAGUUGCAGUAAUCCAGACGGGAGAUGACAAGUGCCUGGAUUAGGACCUGUGCCGCUUCCUGUGUAAGGCAGGGUCGUACUCUCCGAAUGUUGUAGAGCAUGAACCUGCAGGAUCGGGUCACCGCCUUGAUGUUAGCGGAGAACGACAGGGUGUUGUCCAGGGUCACCCCAAGGCUCUUCGCACUCUGAGAGGAGGACACAAUGGAGUUGUCAACCGUGAUGGCGAGAUCAUGGAACGGGCAGUCCUUCCCCGGGAGGAAGAGCAGCUCCGUCUUGCCAGGGUUCAGCUUGAGGUGGUGAUCCGUCAUCCAUACUGAUAUGUCGGCCAGACAUGCAGAGAUGCGAUUCGCCACCUGGUUAUCAGAAGGGGGAAAGGAGAAGAUUAGUUGUGUAUCGUCAGCGUAGCAAUGAUAGGAGAGGCCAUGUGAGGAUAUGACAGAGCCAAGUGACUUGGUGUAUAGGGAGAAAAGGAGAGGGCCUAGAACUGAGCCCUGGGGGACACCAGUGGUGAGAGCACGUGGUGCGGAGACAGCUUCUCGCCACGCCACUUGGUAGGAGCGACCGGUCAGGUAGGACGCAAUCCAGGAGUGAGCCGCGCCGGAGAUGCCCAGCUCGGAGAGGGUGGAGAGGAGGAUCUGAUGGUUCACAGUAUCAAAGGCAGCAGACAGGUCUAGAAGGACAAGAGCAGAGGAGAGAGAGUUAGCUUUAGCAGUGCGGAGAGCCUUCGUGACACAGAGAAGAGCAGUCUCAGUUGAAUGACCAGUCCUGAAACCUGACUGGUUUGGAUCAAGAAGGUCAUUCUGAGAGAGAUAGCAAGAGAGUUGGCUAAAGACGGCACGCUCAAUAGUUUUGGAAAGAAAAGAAAGAAGGGAUACUGGUCUGUAGUUGUUGACAUCAGUGGGAUCGAGUGUUGGUUUUUUGAGAAGGGGUGCAACUCUCGCUCUCUUGAAGACGGAAGGGACAUGGCCAGCAGUCAAGGAUGAGUUGAUCAGCGAGGUGAGGUAGGGGAGAAGGUCACCGGAGAUGGUCUGGAGAAGAGAGGAGGGGAUGGGGUCAAGCGGGCAGGUUGUUGGGCGGCCUGCAGUCACUAGUCGCAAGAUUUUAUCUGGAGAGAGAGGGGAGAAAGAAGUCAAAGCAUAGGGUAGGGCAGUGUGAGCAGGACCAGCAGUGUCAUUAGACUUAACAAACGAGGAUCGGAUGUCGUCAACCUUCUUUUCAAAGUGGUUGACGAAGUCAUCCACAGAGAGGGAGGAGGAGGGGGGGUGGGGGGGAGGAUUCAGCAGUGAGGAGAAUGUGGCAAAGAGCUUCCUAGGGUUAGAGGCAGAUGCUUGGAAUUUAGAGUGGUAGAAAGUGGCCUUAGCAGCAGAAACAGAUGAAGAAAAUGUAGAGAGGAGGGAGUGAAAAGAUGCCAGGUCGGCAGGGAGUUUAGUUUUCUUCCAUUUCCGCUCCCACGCGGUGUGAGGCGUUUGUGUAGCCUGUGCGGAGAGGAGAGAACAGGGAUAGGCAGAGGCAGAGUUGACAGGCUGCAGCAGAUGGCUACAAUAAUGCAGAGGAGAUCGGAAUGAAAUGAACUAAACAUCUGGGAAAGGAGAGAGCAGGCCUCCCUCACCAAAAAAAUAUAACUCUCCCAACUUCCACCUCAGAAACUAUAAUUGUUUCACUGAACCACCCGAAUAAAACUCUCCCAACUUCCACUUUAGAAAUUAGAAUUGUUGUAAACUACAGCGGUUCAAUGUUUCAAUGAAUAGACUCAACUUACUUUAUUCAGCUAGCUAACUAUGACGCCAUAGCUAACUAGCAUGCUAGCAUCCAAUAACACACAGUUUAGCACCAAUACUUGGUUACAACAAACUACCAAUAGUGUGUGAACACACUAAACAGAUAAUUCGUGUCCGUGUCUAGUUCUUUCAUAACGCAGCAAUUAUUAAACGUUGGCUAGCUAGCACAAAGAUAUUGUAUUUAGCUACUACAGUACAGCCAGCUGGUAGUGUUGGCUAGCUAGCAAUGGCUGCUGUGUUGACUUUGUUUGAAAAAACGGCGUCGCUGCGAACGAAUGUAGCUGGCUAAAAGGAUAUUGUUUUUAGUUGCUACCGUUGCUAAUAGCUACUCGCCAGCUAAUCCAGGAGGUGAGUUAGCUAGCUAGCUUCGUGCUACACCUGGCACCGCCGACUACAAAAGUAACCUACAAUAACUACACAACAACUACCCACAACAGCCCACGAUGCCUACCUAUACUACUUAAUAAUAUACAGCCCACGAUGCCUACCUAUAAUACCUAACUACAAUCUAAAUACAUAGUUUAAGCCUUACUCGACAAAGCCCAAGCUAUGUAUAAAGCCAAACUGGCAGACUGCAAUCAGUAGCUGUAAUUAAGUACAGCAGCUACCAACCACCUAACGUUAAUGCCUCGGAUAAUGAGGUUAGAAAAACAGCUGAAUGGUGGCAGCUAGCUGGCUCAAUCACAGGUACUCUUAAGCGUGAAAUAACAUUGGAAACAACUAACCACAGUUGCUAAAAGUUACCAGUAGCUACCCGCUAGCUAGCUAGCUAGCUUUGUUGGUCCAAGUAGUGGGUAGGCUAGCCUCGUGCUUCGCCGGGGUCCGCCGAAUACAAUACUUACCUACAAUAAUUACCUACAAUAACCUACAAUAACUACCUGAGUAAACUACCUAUAAUACCUAACUACAAUACCUACCUACAAUCUAAAUACAUGGUUUAAGCUUUACUCAACACCAUAUAAGAAGCCAAGCUUACCUCCUGCUAGAGAAAACACAACCUCUCCCGACAACCGUUCAAUUUAUAGUAACCUUAGGUGUAAAAUAGUAAAUAAUGGCUAUUAUCAAGGGAUUAGAAAUCCAGGGCUUAAAAACAAAUGUGUCAUUGUACGCUGAUGAUUCAUGUUUUCGUUUAAAUCCACAACUUGAAUCCUUCCACAGCCUCAUAGAGGAUCUAGAUACAUUUUCUAACAUCUCUGAAUUACAACCAAAUUAUGAUAAAUGUACAAUAUUACAUAUUGGAUCACUAAAAAAUACAAUUUUCACAUUACCAUGUAGUUUACCAAUAUAAUGGUCUGAUGGUGAUGUGGAUAUACUCGGAAUACAUAUCCCAAAUGAAAUAAAUGAUCUCACUCCAAUACAGUAUGAAAAAAUAAAAAAUCAUAAUAAAUGUAUGCACUCACUAACUGUAAGUCGCUCUGGAUAAGAGCGUCUGCUAAAUGACUAAAAUGUAAAAUGUAAUAAGAUCUUGCUACCAUGGAAAGGUAAAUACCUGUCUAUUUGUGGAAAAAUCACCCUGAUAAACUCUUUAGUAUUAUCCCAGUUUACCUAUUUGCUUAUGGUCUUGCCUACACCUAGUGAACAGUUUUUUUUUAAUUAUAUGAGAAAAAUAUAUUCCAUUUUAUUUGGAACGGCAAGCCAGACAAAAUUAAACGGGCCUUUUUAUAUAAUGAAUAUUAAUUCGGAGGACAGAAAUGAUUAAAUAUUAAAGCAUUAGACCUAUCACUAAAAGCUUCAGUCAUACAAAAGUUAUACUUAAAUCCGAACUGGUUCUCUAGCAAAUUAGUAAAAUUGUCUCACCCCAUGUUCAACAACGGCCUUUUUCCCUUUAUUCAGAUUACAACCUCUCAAUUUCAGUUAUUUGAAAGGAAAUAAUCUCCCAAAUAUCACUAUUUCUAAAACAAGCCAUAGAAAGUUGGUUGCAAUUUCAAUUUAAUCCUCCAAAAAAACGACAGAACAAAUAAUGCAACAAAUAUUGUGGUUAAACUCAAAUAUACUAAUUGAUUAAAAAAAACAUUUUUUUUUUUUUAAAUGUUUAAAAAAGGUAUAAUCUUCGUAAAUUAUAUCAUAGGUAGGACUGGUGGAGUUAUGUCGCACAUGCAGCUAACAGAAACAUAUGGAAAUGUCUGCUCUACCCAAAAUUUCAACCAAAUAAUUGCAGCAUUGGAAGAGGAAAGUGGAAGGGGGAAAAAGUAAGGAACUUGUCUGUCGGCCCUGCAUUAAAGAACAUAAUUGGUUAAAGAAAAUUGUGAUAAAUAAAAAAGUAUACCAGUUUCAUUUAAGGACCAAAGGAUUGACAGCCGUCCCAUAUAGAUUGCAUAGUUGGGAAGAGAUUUUUGACGUACCGAUUCCAUGGCAUAGUGUUUAUGAACUGAUACACAAAACGACGCCGGAUUCAAAACUUAGAAUAUUUCAAUUUAAAUUAUUAUACAAAAUUCGUGCUACCAAUAGAAUGUUAUUUAUAUGGGGGAUACAAUCUUCCCAGCUCUGCAGAUUUUGCUGCGAAGAGACAGAAUCAUUAGAUCAUUUGUUUUGGUACUGUCCAUUUGUAGCUUGUUUUUGGUCACAGGUCCAGGAAUGGCUAAAGGAUUGCAAUAUUUACCUGGAGCUAACCCUGCAGAUAGCAUUACUGGGUGAUCUGAAAAGUCAUAGUCAAUCGAUCAAUAAUAUAAUAAUACUUUUAGCAAAAAUGUUUAUUCUCAAUUUACAAUCUGUAGAGACAAUGAGAAUAGAAGGGUUCAGAACUUUUGUGAAACAUCACAGUACAGUUGAAAAAUAUAUGGCAAAUAGAAAUCCAAUAUGGAUGGUGUUAAGCAAUAGAUGGGAGGUGUUGAAUGGAGCUGAAGGGUGGGACUAAUAACAACUAACAACAACUAAUAACAACAAGAUAACUAAUGUAAAGCAUACUGUGUCCAUAAUACGUAUAUAGGUUAUAGGUUGAGAGCUUUUGUGAAAGAGCACAGUUAGAAAGAUAUGGCAUAUAGAAGCAAACCGGAUGGACAUCAUGGAAAUGAUCGGAGAGGUUGAGGGUAGAGGAAGUUCAGAAGUAAAAACAAACAAAAUAUAAUUAUUGUAAAAUUGACUGUGUCCAUAAAAUGUUUAAAAAGUGAUGCAGACAAUUACAUUGAUAGAAGUUACAAUCUUUCUGCAAUAUUAAAGCUAUUAGGCCUACUCACCAAACCGAUGUCAUGGCCAUAAUUCAUCCCCAUGCAGUGUUCAAUGUAGAAUUGUUAAUCCAUUUAGAAAAUUCCAAGGAACCGGCAUAAUAAAAUAAAUAAAACGUCUGUAUAUCGAAAAGAAGACAGAUUUUGGUUUGUAACCCUGAAAAAUGUCUUUCAACUUGCCAAAUUGAGCCCCGUUCCAAAUGAUCACUCUUUGAGAAUAACUGUUCCAGAUGUGAGAUGCGAAUCACUUCACACUAUUCUGUUCUAUUUUAUUCUGUUAUAUUACAUCAUAUUUAUUUACUAUAAAAUGGGUGUCUUGACUGAUAAGGGCUUCUAAUAAAGGGCCACACUGCUGAGGUUACUACCUUUUUUGAAGAUUGUGUUCCACAAUAUAAUAUAACCAGGUGAUAUUAGUUUCAAUUAAUGAAUCUUAAAUGGCACUUGUUUUUUUUAUUGACUGAAUGUAUAUGAGGCAAUUAGGAUUCGUUAUCUGUAAUGGUUAUAAGUUAGGCAUUGUUGCAUACUGUACUCGAACAGUCAAAAAAAGUCAAAGGCCCAUCCCUACACACAUGGUUGUGUGAGCUGGAUAGGGACACCAUAUAAUCCAUUCUAUUACACACAGGGGACCAGCCCUGAUAUACUGUCCCUGGUCUCUAUCAGGUCAUGCUGUCCUAGACUGCAAAAUUAGAUAACUAGGGAUCCGAAUUUUGAAUUGCACACAUGUGAGCCACAUAAAUAUUGCAGUAGCCUAAAUGUAAUAUUUCCCAUGAUUUAUGGCACAUUCUUCCCCUUACCAAGGAGAGGUGCCUUUCCUCCCUAUCACGCUGCAUAUUAAAGCUGUUGUGGCUCUGAGGAGUGCAGUAUAGACUACAAUAAUAAGAGACGGGACACACCAUAAGACCACAGAACAUCAGCUGCGUGUCUCUCAUGUAUAAAAACAGAAUAUGCUUCUUUAGGGGUUCCUACACAAUAUCAUAUUUUUUAUUGUCACGUUAUCUCUAGUUAAACAUGCAAAGAAUGAAAUGUAUCUUACCCUUUGCUCACACCUUGUGCUCACGUCGCUCUGCUUCCUAAAAGAAGGCCCCUCCCCCAAUUUAUAUCAUACCAACUUCUGCACCUCAUUGGAUUGGGUACAGACAUGUCAUCACAUUAUUGUCAUGUGUAGGAAUACAAACAAAAAAUAUAUGGGGGGGAGUGAGGGGCAAAACGUUUUUCUGUUGCCUGAGGGCAACAAUGUACAGUAGAGGGUUAACAUUUCACCUUCUAACCCUUCCAGGCCUCUACUACGUGGACUCUGAGGGGAACCGUGUCUGCGGGGACCUGUUUGCUGUGGGCUCUGGCUCCAUGUACGCGUAUGGCAUCGUGGACAGUGGUCUGAAGCAGAAGGACCUGACUGUGGAGGAGGCCUGUGAUCUGGACCGUAGGGCCAUCUACCAGGCCACCUACUGUGACGCCUACAGUGGAGGACAGGUCAACCUGUACCACGUACACAGUGAGGGCUGGACCAGGAUGUCCCAGUCGGAUGUCUUAAUGCUGCUCCAACAGUACCAGGCAGAGAAGGCAUAG